AUGGCCUCGGAGCUCGCUGCGCCGCCCGUCCUCUCCACUCCAGACGACCAGUUCCUGCAACCCCCCGCCGCAGACUCGAUACCAAGGUCGACCCUCACCGACGACGAGCUGCACUUCACGUACGAGAUACACCGCACCGCGCGAGAGAUUGCCCAGGCGGGAUGGAGCAGGAUAGCCCUCCAGUUCCCAGACGACAUGCUCGUCGACGCGCCGCGGGUGGUGCAGGCGCUGCAGGCUGAGCUCGGCGCCGUCCCCGGGGCGGGCGGGCGGCCGAGGCGGCUCCACAUAUUGGCCGACACGAGCUACAGCGCGUGCUGCGUCGACGAGAUUGCCGCCGAGCACGCGGACGCAGACGUGGUGGUUCACUACGGACGGGCGUGCCUGAGCCCGACGAGCCGACUGCCGGUCGUGUACGUCUACACCUCGCGCCAGCUGAACCGCGAGGUGCUCGUCGGCAAGUUUUGCAGCGAGUUCGUCGACAAGAGCGCCAAGGUGGUCGUGAUGGCCGACCUGACGUACCAAGACCACGUGGACGACGUUGUCGCCGACCUGAGAGCCGCAGGAUACGCGAACGUGCUCGCGACACGAGUGCAGAGAAACCCCGAAGCCACAAUCCCGAACCGCGCCCUUGUCGGACCCGACGUGGCCGACCACGACCACGACCACGACGCCGACGAAAACGACGCCGUCAAGUCGUAUUCGCUCUUCCACAUCUCCGACCCUCCCACCGCCCUGCUCCUCGCCCUGCGGACCCGGUUUGCCUCCCUCCACGUCUUCUCCCCCUCGGAUACCUCGCCGGCCAUCGACAACCCCACGCUCCGAGCGUCCGGCCUGCUCCGGCGGCGCUUCGCGCGUGUCCUGUCUCUCGCGUCCGCCGGCGUGGUGGGCAUCCUGGUCAACACGCUAUCCGUCUCCAACUACACCCGCUCGAUAGACUUGCUGCGCAAAAAGAUAGCCCAGGCCGGCAAGAAGAGCUACACCGUCGUCGUGGGCAAGCUCAACCCCGCCAAGCUGGCAAACUUUGCCGAAAUCGAAGGCUGGGUCGUCGUCGGAUGCUGGGAAAGCGGCCUAGUUGAAGACGACGCCGGGUACUGGAGGCCGGUGGUCACGCCCUUUGAGAUGGAAGUUGCGCUGAUGAGCGAGCAGGAGAGGACGUGGGGCGGUGAGUGGUGGGCCGGCAUCGAGAAGCUCAAGGACGAUGCGCUCGCAGAGGCGGGGCCGAACCGUGACUCAGACUCAGAUUCGGCGGCGGCGGCGACGGACGGCGAGCCGCCGCAAGACGUGCAGGGGGACGAGUCCCUGCCUCCGCAGUUCGACCUCCGGACAGGCAGGCUCGUGGGCCGCAGUCGUCCGAUGCACCUCGCCGUCCGGAGCGCCGGUAGCAACGACGACGGCGGCGGCGGCGACGGCGACAAGCGACACUCGUCUGCGGGGGGGCGUGGGGACCAGCAGUCGGGCGCAGUGGCUAGGAGAGCGGCGGGCGAGUUGGCCAGCAUCAACGGGGUGGCCAGCCCCGGCGCCGAGUACCUCCGCUCGAGCAGGACGUGGCAGGGCUUGGGGAGCGACUUUGACCAGGAGGCGAGCACGCUGAUAGAGGAGGGACGGAGCGGAGUCGCACGGGGGUAUCAUGUCGGAGAGGGGUCGACGAGGCAUUGA